AUGUUCAAUGGAUGUGAAAAACUUUCAGCGAUAGAAAUACCAGAAAGUGUGACCAAAAUCGAGUCGACCUGUUUUAUGAAUUGUCGUGCACUUUCUGCUAUCAAAUUACCUUCAAAUUUGGUUGAAUUAGAAAGUUUUUCAUUCCAAUUUUGUGAUUCGAUAACUUCAAUUCAAUUCACAGAGAAAAUGAAGAAAAUUGGACAAAAUGCGUUUUAUGGGUGUUAUGAUUUGAUUGAAAUGACUAUUCCAGAAGGUAUCGAGUGCUUGGGAAAUUGCUGCUUUUGUGAGUGUAGAAAUUUGAGUAAAGUUGCGAUACCGGAAACGGUGACCAAAAUAGAAGAUGCAUGUUUUUCAGAGUGUUAUGCGUUGGAACAAAUCAAUAUACCCAAAAAUGUGAAGGAAAUUGGAACUGAUGCUUUUCAGUUGUGCAACAGUUUGCAAAAUAUAGACAUUCCUGAAGGAGCAACUUUAAUUGGAGAAAGAGCCUUUCCGAAUACAGUAAAGAUCAACAGAUAUUAA